CAGUGCAGCAACCAACAACCCGCUGAAACACCGAGAGAAACACUUUUUAUUGUGAAUUCUGAGCAGGGACUCGCCCCCAGGGAUAUUCCCCACGAGGAAGAGUGAACUGAUUUGCAUGCACAACUCUUUUUCUGACUGGAUSCUCUGUCAGAGCCUAGACUGGCAACAAAGUGAGCUGUGUCAUGGGUUCAGAGGGCUUUYUGCUGAUAGUGAAACUUCCCUUUGUAGAAUCUUUUGUGCACUCUAAGAAGGCUUUGCAGACAUUACUGAACUCCUGUGUUACCCUCUUGUGCAACCUCCGAGCUGCGUUGGAGGGUGAGGCACAGCGGGGCUGCCCCCGCCAGGUUUCCCGGAGGUUCCGGGGGCAGUCGGGGCUCCUGUMCGGGAUUUGGGGCCGGGGGGAGUGCAGGGGAACUUGGCGCUGUGCCCGCGCUCCGGGCAGGCAGGACUUUCUGUCUGAAUGCCCGGGUCACCAUGUCAUCCACCGCAUCACGCCGCUUUCAGGAACCGGCCGCCAGAUUCUCCAUUUCAGCUGGCCCGGGGGAAUUUGCUCCGCGGGGUCUUUCCUCAGUCGAUUCCCGAGACAGCGCCGGUCCCCCGGGCAGGGGAAGCCCCGCUGCCGCCGGCCCCGGGGCGCGGUUCGGGCUCCCCGCUCCUCCCGGCCGGAGCGAGGCAGCAUCGCCAAAAUCCAGCCCAGAACUGCAGCUCCGGUACCCGCGGUGAGCGCCCGCCCGGGCUCAGAUGGCUGACAACACCCCCAGGAGCCUGCAGGACCCUCCCAGCUCCUCUCCCGGUGAAAACGAGUUCCCUUUCGGAUACCCCACCAACAUUUGCGACGAUGUGCCUGGUCAGAAAUUCCUGUGCAGCAACUGCAACAACAUCCUGAAGAAAGCGCUGCAAACUCUGUGUGGGCAUCGGUACUGCUCUGCCUGCCUGGCCUGGAUUGUUCGAAACAAUAAAAAUGCAAUUUGCCAGAAAUGUAAAGAGGAAGAUCCCAACACUUUAAGUGAGGAAAGCCUAUUGGCAGAAGAAAGGGCUUUUGGUGAUGCUGCCAUUAAUAAAGAAAUUUCUGAGCUCCGAGUGCACUGUGUGACCCUUGGAUGCAGCUGGUCUGGUAUCAUGAAAGAUUUUGAAGAGCACCAGAGUUUGUGUGAAUUUGCUUUGAUCCCGUGUCACACGGGCUGUGGACAUGUGGUGAUGAGGAGGAAGCUGGCAGAUCACUUGGAAAAUGGAUGUGUCAACAACGUGACCGUGUGUCAGCWGUGCCAGUGCAGCUUGGCCAGCUCUGAGUACCAGGAACAUUCAUGUGGAGGCAGUUUGGGUAAGGAACAAAAACCUGCACCAACAGAAACAGCAUUGAAAGAAAAGAGCCACUCUACAUCCUCAGCCAGCAAGGAUGGAUGUCGUUUUUCUGAAGUUGGCUGUUCAUUUAGGGGAAGCCAAGAGAAGAUAAAGGAGCAYGAAAAAUCAGCACUGGGGACCCACAUGCUGCUCCUGCUGCAGCACAUGAGGCAGCUGAAGGGAACUUUGUGCUCUGCUGCUCGUGGCUUCACCCCAAAACCAGAGCUGGACUUGAACCAGCCAGGGAAAAGCAUCUCUGAGCUGCAGAUCCCAGCAGGGCUGGAAAUCAGCACARACCCAGAGCUGGACUCUUAUCCUGGAUCUUCUGUGCCUGAAGAUGAGCCUGUCCUGCACCAGCUCGUGAGGGAGAAAGUGAUUGCUGAGCUGGAAAAUAAACUGCACGUGUUUGAGAACAUUGUGGCAGUGCUCAACAAGGAGGUGGAGAGCUCCAACAUGGAAAUCCUGGCCUUCAGGAGACAGAGCGAGCUGGAUCAGAACAUGAUCCGAGGCCUUGAGCUGAAGAUUGCAGAGCUGCACCGCUGCCUGACCCAGAAGGAUGCAGGGCUGAGCAGCCUGCACAAGAGCCUGCUGUUCUCGGAGCAAGCCUCCUACGAUGGCAUCUUCCUCUGGAAAAUCACUGAUGUGGGCAGGAAACUGCAGGAYUCGGUCACUGGCAGGACAGUGGGGCUGUACUCCCCAGCUUUCUACACUGCCAAAUAUGGCUACAAGGUGUGUCUGAGGGUGUACCUGAACGGGGAUGGCACGGGCAAAGGGACACACAUGUCCCUGUUCUUCGUUGUCAUGAAAGGAGACUACGACGCUUUGCUGCCGUGGCCUUUCAGGCACAAGGUGACGUUUAUGUUGCUUGACCAAAAUAACAGGGAACACAUAAUUGAUGCUUUUCGUCCAGACCUGACUUCUGCUUCGUUCCAGAGGCCGGUGAAUGACAUGAACGUGGCCAGUGGCUGCCCCAUGUUCCUCCCCUUGGCCAAAUUGCAGUCCCCCAAACACGCCUACGUGAAAGAGGACACGCUUUUCCUUAAAUGCAUCAUAGAAACMAAUUAGCAAAUCCUGAAAUACCGUUGUGUGGGAAGCCACCUGCUGAACGCCAAGAGUUUAUGAGGAAAAAAAAGCAUCAGUUUGAGAGUUUGUGUUAGUUUUUGUGUGCCCCAAAAAUCUGCAGAGGUUGAGCCUGCACCCCUGAGUCCACCCCAUCGCCUGGAGAUGCUCCUGUGCAGCUGCUGGAAUGGGAUGAUUUCACCAAAACAGACAAUUCUCGUUUUCGAGGGGUGGAUCCCAGUCACCCCCCACCCCACAAUGAUGGGGAAGGGCUGUUCUUCCUCGCACUGGCCCCGGGUGUGGGUGUGCUGGAAGGGAAUGAGGAUGAAUUCACUGCCCUGGGGUGGGCAGGUUUAUGGGGUGCCAGGUGAGGCCGAAUUCCCUGUUCUGGGAUGUGCAGGUUUGUGGGGAAUGAGGCUGAAUUCCCUUCUCUGGAGUGUGCAGAUCUGUGGGGAAUGAGGCUGAAUUCCCUUCCCUGGGGUGGGCAGGUUUAGGGAAUGAGGCUGAAUUCCCUAUUCUGGGGUGUAUAGGUUUGCAGGGAAUAAGGCUGAAUUCCCGUCCCUGGAAUGUGCAGGUUUAUGGGGUGCCAGAGGCUGAAUUCCCUUCCCUGGGUGGGCAGGUUUGUGGGGAAUGAGGCUGAAUUCUCUACCCUGAGAUGGAUAUAUUCACAAGGAAUGAGGCUGAAUUCCUCUCUCUGGGAUGUGCAGGUUUUUGGGGUGCCAGGUGAUGCUCAAUUCCCUUCACUGGAUGUGCAGGGUCUCAGGGAAUGAGGCUGAAUUCCCUU